AUGCUGCUGGCCACAUGUUGCUUUGCAGUCCAGCUUUCAACACAUCCACACUCUCUCACUUUUGUCAAGAAAUUUCCUUACUACCCUGAAUGUAACCAGAAUGCAAGUAUAUUGCUCAUUGGGAAUGCAGAAAAUCAACAAUCCGUGGUAGGUGCUGAAAAUUGCGGCUUCAGUUUCACAAAAAAAGUUCAACAAAAACCAGAACACCCUCAAGUUCCGCCCUCGAUAGCGCUUUCCCUGCUUGGAAGUGUAUUGGAGGAAAAAAUAAGGCAGCGUGAGACCAAAAAUUCGGAAAUCGAAAGCUUGCUUGUUGUACAAGAAACCAACUUACAAGGUCAGAUCAAUCAAUUGAAGACAGAACUUAAUGAGAAAGGUAUACACAUAGAAGCUUUGAAUAAGAACCUUGACAAAAUGAAAUUGAAAUAUGAUAUGCUUAUGACAGACAAAGAUUGUGUUACUGCAACAGUAAACAAUCUCGUAGCCGAGGUUCGUUCUCGUGAUUUACGGAUCAGACAAAUGGAGGACCAUUUACAACAAUUAAGCAAGGAACAUAUGCAGCUAACAAAGAAUCUAGAAGAUGAGUUGAAAUUGAAGAAAAAGGACCUUGAGAAGGAAGUGGAUAAGCAAAGGAACAUGAUCUUAGAUGUGUCUGAAGAGAAAAGAGAGGUAAUAAGACAGCGUACAUUCAGUCUGGACCAUUACAGGAGUGGUUAUAAAGAGUUUCAGACAUUCCUCAAGCACGAACGACACGCGGUUAUCGCUUUGAGUUCGAUUAAAUAG